AAUCUGCCAAAAGGAGCAACUACAGUGAAUGUAUUUGUUAAAAAUAUAUAUUUAAAUACAAUGCCUGGGAUUUUGUUAGGAGUAUAACAAGCAUAAUUCAAACAGAAAUGUGAUAAACAGGUUUCGUAUUAUAUUUUAGCAAGUGUCCACAUAUAUUUUAAAGGUGGGUGUGUUUCAGGAAAUGACAGAGGACAGUUAUGUAUUUCUGUGCUUCUUACAUUUCAUUGUAAAGUUGUGUGGGUAUAGGACAUGCGUGUGAAAUACCUUCUUCAGUGUUUAAUGAUUUUCAGUGCACUUGUGCGAGGUGGAUCACACUGCUUACAGUCAUGUAGGAACAUUACUCUAAACAUUCAGCUGGGCUCGCAGAUGUUGCUCCCAUGCACCCUUUUGAUCAGUAAUGAAACCAAGGAAGCAAAAUGGAGCCAUAAUUCCAGCCUCCUGAACAUCGGGCCUAAUGGAACCGUCAAAUUUGAUGAUCCUAGGGAUGGAAAAAUAAUAGUAUUCCCCUACCUUUUCUAUAGAGGAAACUUCUCCAUCCUCGUUCAUCAGCUCCAAGCCUCUGACAUGGGCAUGUACUGCUGUCAGCUGAGCCAGGAAUGCCAGAGAGUUGAAGUAAAGCUCUUGACAGAAGGUUUGAAUUUCUCCUGGUACUACAUUGCUGCUGGAGUUGGAAUAUUUAUUCUGCUUGUGAUCGUAUUUAGUCUUGUUGUCUAUAAACUCAGAGGAAAGUGUUCAAAAAGAUCAUCUGAUUCCUAUUAUAUCAACACAAGUCCCAAAGAGCAAAGAACAGAACGAACACAGGGUGUUGAGAACGUCAGGGUUGAUGAGUGUGAUGGUGAGUAUGAAGACAUACAGUGUGAUACACAUGACCCGGAUUAUGAAAACACAACUGGAGACGAGCAUGACGGCCAAUAUGAAGACACAGUGAGUGAAGAACAGGAUGAGGAUUAUGUAAACAUUGAGGGAAGAAAUUCUAAGGAACAGUCUGACGAUAUUCACAGUGAGAACCAAACUGAACACCAUUUGGAGAGAGAUACGCCAGGUCACCGUGAUGUCUAUGAAAAUGAUGAGCAUGGUCUGAAACAAAAGUCAAAAUUCCCCCCGAAAGCAGCAUUCAGAAAAAUGACAAAUCAGCAGUCAGUUUCCCAAGGACUAUACUAUGCUAAUUCUUCCGAGAUACAAAAGUCUGCACGUGUUGAGAAAAGAAAAAAAGACAAAGUUCAACUGGCUUUACCAGCAUGUUCAUCCUUGGAUCAAACAGGAAUAUUGAGAUGGUGCUGCCUGUGAUAAUAUUUUAUUUCCACUCUGGAUCACUCUGAUGCUACUGGUAUUGUAUAGUACCAUUGCUUGGUAGUUCUUGUCUCCUCUUAGCCUAUAUUUUAUAUCAUUGUCAUUUCCUGUCCAUGUGGUGCUUGCAGACUGUUUUUGUAUCUGAUAUUCUAGUGUACAGUAUAUUGAGGCCUUUCAACACAAACACUGUCCAUUUGUAUAAGUCAUUGCCAUUCAUGCUGUCCAGCUUAGUUGCUCUCCCUCAGCUGGGGGUAGUCUUUCUGUCUCUGGUUUGUCAUUUGAAACUGAAGCUGACAGAGAUAUAUCUAACAAGACUUGCAGCAAUGGUGAUGUAGAACUAGUGCAUCGAUCAAGAACUGGUGCAUCAUAUCUAGUUAUAUUACACAAAGAUGAAGAUGCUAGGUGAAAGAAAAACUUUAGCAAGUUCAUUCAACUAGGUUAAAAAUUAAAAAAUACAUUCUAUACUUUAAGGUAAUUGAGCUUACCCCGAUGAGCAUAGAGUAAUACUAUAAGCUAACAUUAACAGAUUUUAUACAGUGCAAUGAUUGUCUAUACUGUAUAUUGCUCGGUUUAAACAUGAAGCUGAACUGCCUGAGGCCCUCAUUGGAUGUCAGUAUAAUCAGUAUAAUCUUUCUCUAUGUUACUUAGUGAAAAAGGAGCCAAACCUUUUGGGAGCUCACACAAUAUUUUUCCGUAGUGUAUUAUAUAUAUAUAUAUAAGUUGCCAUGGUUUAUUAUGUGAUGGACUGGUUGGGCUAGAAAUUACAUGCUCAGGUCAGCCAAGCUAACAGCUGGAGUCAACAUUUACACUAACCUAAUAAUACUUAAAUUUGAGAUAAUAUUUAACCGAAUAUAACUAAUAUUUGUUAUUUCUGCUUAUUUUCACCUUGUGCAAUAAGUUACCUAGCUGAAUAGAGAAGGGGUCUUUUAGGCCCUUCUUAUUUUGUUGGAGCUACUGUCUAACCUUAAAAAAGACUCAUGUGCAAAAAUAUCACCACAAAAAUAUCACAUCAGUCAUGCCCUUUCAUUUCUUAUCAAAUAACUCCUGUAAACACAGUUAACAUAAGUAAACAAUUUGACUAGAUAUCAGGUCUUAGAUGUGUAAAUGUAGCUUAGAAGGUCAUUUUGAUUUAGCCUCCAUUCAAGGGGAGGGAUUAAAUAUUGUACUGAAUCCAACCACUAGAGGGCCUCAGAGACAUGUGUGUGGAUUCUUAGCACACUUACAGUAUAAUACCAAAGCAAACAGAAAGAGCAAUUUAAAAUUGACAUUACAAUUAUAAUGUGAU